AGCUAGCUAGAGGAUCGACAUCAUCAUAGUCCACCAAACAGAGAUUUCAUUCGCCAGCAAGUCAUUUCAAUUUCCACCUUGUUUUCUUCGCCUUUUACCAUUUAUACUGCUUUGCAGGAGGCGUCAAUGCACAUGAAACUUGACUAUCAAGUUUCUACCCCCAAGAACUUGGCUUCCAAGCCAGUGCUUUUGUUGAAAACAACGGUCGGUUUUGUGGCAUAAUCGAAAUCUCUCCCUACCUCCGCAUCUUUCGCCAAGUUUAAGCCGCAAACCUCCGCGCGCCAAAACUUGGAUCCCACGAACUCUAGACGAGGUUCAAAGCUCCAAAGCACUCCGCCUCUACUUCGAAUCCGCCCAAAUCGAAAAAAAUCGCAGUGGUUCUUAGUAGCAGCAGCCCGCGCCGGGUGCCGUGGUGGCUACUGCGGCGGCAGGGAGCUCGCGCCCGAGGGCCCGAUCCGCGCCAUGGAGGAGCCGCUUGAUGAGAAGGAUUUGGAAAGGAAGCUGAAGAAAGAGCAGAAGGCGAAAUCGAAGGAGGAGAAGAAGCUCAAGGCAAAGCAGAAGGAGGAGGCCAGACUACAGGUCCAAGCAGCAUCCGAUGGAGCCAAGAAGAGUGAGAAGAAGCAAAAGAAGAAAGGUGUCACGGAUGAGAAUCCCGAGGAUCUCGUUGAUCCGGAUACUCCCACUGGACAGAAGAAACUGCUUGCUUCUCAAAUGGCCAAACAAUAUAGCCCGUCCGCUGUCGAGAAAUCAUGGUAUCCUUGGUGGGAGUCAUCACAGUAUUUUGUAGCAGAUGCCGCAAGCUCAAAGCCACCUUUUGUAAUAGUCCUGCCACCCCCAAAUGUGACAGGAGCCCUUCACAUAGGCCAUGCAAUUACAGUGGCAAUUGAGGAUGCUAUGAUCCGCUGGCGGAGGAUGUCAGGCUACAAUGCUUUGUGGAUUCCUGGAAUGGAUCAUGCUGGCAUAGCUACACAGGUCGUUGUGGAAAAGAAGAUCAUGCGUGAGAGGAAGCUGUCAAGGCAUGAUCUAGGGCGUGAUAAAUUUCUAUCUGAGCUCCACAACUGGAAAGAUCAGUAUGGUGGCACCAUACUGAGACAACUGCGUACGCUUGGAGCCUCGCUUGACUGGUCGCGCGAAUGUUCUACAAUGGAUGAGCAGAGAUCAGGAGCUAUAACAGAAACAUUUGUUAGGCUAUACAAGGAAGGUUUGAUAUAUAGGGAUAUUCGUCUCGUGAACUGGGAUUGCACGCUCCGUACAGCAAUUUCUGAUAUCGAGGUUGACCGUGUUGAUCUCAAGGCAGAGACUUUCUUAGAGGUCCCUGGUUAUAGCAACCCAGUUCAGUUUGGUGUUUUGACAUCUUUUGCCUACCCUCUAGAAGAAGGAUUGGGUGAAAUUAUCGUUGCAACAACUAGAAUAGAAACUAUGCUCGGUGAUACCGCUAUAGCUGUUCAUUCUCAGGAUGAAAGAUAUAAGCAUCUGCAUGGAAAAUAUGCCGUGCAUCCGUUUAAUGGCCGAAAACUUGAAAUAAUUUGCGCCGAUGACUUGGUGAAAGCCACUUUUGGUACUGGCGCUGUCAAGAUCACGCCAGCUCAUGAUAGCAAGGACUUCGAGGUUGGGAAACAGCAUAACCUGGACUUCAUCAAUAUUUUCACUGAUGACGGGAACAUAAAUGAAAAUGGAGGUCCACAAUUUGAAGGAAUGCCACGUUUCACCGCUCGAGCUGCUGUUAUUGAUGCACUAAAGGAAAAGGGUCUAUACAGAGGCAUGGAAAAUAAUGAGAUGGAAUUAGGUCGUUGUUCAAGAACUAAUGAUAUCGUCGAGCCAAUGAUCAAGCCCCAAUGGUUUGUUAAUUGUAAUACCAUGGCAAAGGCAGCUCUUGAUGCUGUGAAAUCCAAAGAGAUAGAGAUCAUUCCACCACAAUAUGAGCAAGACUGGUACAGGUACAUCCUAUUUGCUUUACUUUAG